AUGACAGCGACGUCCCACCCGCUCCCGCGCGACCAGCUCGAGGCCAUUUCCACGACGGACAUCAACGACGCGAUCCCGGCCGACGAGCUGGCCGCGGCGCUCGCGACGCCGCCGUUCAUCGUCUCGCCCUUACUCAACCUGCGUGACAUGGGCCACAUCCCGGGCUGCUCCAUCGCCCCGGGGCGUAUCUACCGCUGUGCCAAGCUCGGCGACGACGAGGCCACCAAGCAGUGGCUGUCGGCCAACGUGACCAAAGUGUUUGACCUGCGCGGCCGGCGUGAAGUCACCUCGGCGCCGGACCCGGCUGCGGACAAUGUGCAAAACGUCUGGCUCGCCACCGAGGGCGAGCACCGCAAGCUCGUCCUGGACGGGUUUGAGGAAGGUGACGGAUCGCCAGGAUGGAAGAAGCAGUACCUGUACAUUGCGGCCCAGUACCGCCCCACCUUCCGCGCCGUCCUGGAGCACCUGCACGACUCGCCCGACGACCCCAUCCUGUUCCACUGCACUGCCGGCCGCGACCGUACCGGUAUCCUCGCCGGCAUGCUCCACCACCUGGCGGGCACGGACGAGCCCGACGUGCUGUACGACUACAUGCUGUCGCGUAUCGGCCUCGAGCCCGGGCGCGACAUGCUGCACAAGGCCAUCAUCACGGCGUGGAACGUCUCCGACCCCAACAACGUCGCGUUUAAGAAUGUGGCCUCGAUCCGCCCCACGUUCUUCACGUCGUUUGUGGACGGCAUCAACGAAGUGUACGGCGGGUGGGACGGGUACUUCACCUCGCACCUGGGGUUCACCGAGACGCAGCUCGAGCGGAUCAGGAGUAACUUGCGUGGUGGCGGUGCGGUGGACACCGAGAGCAGGCUGUGA